AAACUGUGCAUUCUCCUCAGCGCACACAGGUCCAUUCACAGACACGCAGCACAGAGCCAGCCACAGGGGACAUUCUCGUCCACUCCCCCUCAUAAUUGCACCUCCUACUUUCUUCACUCCCGUCCAAUUUACACCUCUCCCUCCCGCAUCUCUUUUUUGCUAGCUGCUCUGAGGGGGAUUACAUUUAGGAUGCGUAUGUCCCAUGUGCUUGUAAUUGUGUACGCACGAAACUAUCGAACUGGAGUAAUUUUUGUGCGUAAGUACACUGACACCCGCCUCUUAUCACUACAUUUUUUCUUUGAGCUCAAGCGCGAAUUUGCACUAGUCCCCCAGAACUGUGCGAGAUGUGUGCGAGAGAGAAGCAACAUCUGUAAAACUUGGAUUAAGAAGGGAGGAGGAGGAGGAAGAAGGAGGGGGAUGAGGGAAAGACAAGGGAGGAGGGAAAAGAAAAAAAUGCAUGUGAGCAAGUAAGGGAGCUCUGCGGAGAAACUUUGAAAGUCCAGUGGUUAAGGAGGCUAGAAGUAAUGAGAAGACAACAUGGAAGCCCAGUCCCGUAGCACUACAGCAAGUGAAAAAAAAAAAAAGGUUGAAAACUCUAUAGUCAAAGGUCACACUCGAACAGAAGUCAGUGAGAAAGCUGUUGCCUCCAGCACAACUUCUAAUGAGGAUGAAAGUCCUGGACAGACAUUUCACAGAGAAAGACGGAACGCUAUUGCCAUGCAGCCUCAAGGAGGCCAAGGUCUUGGUAAAAUCAGCGAGGAGCCCUCUACAUCAAGUGAGGAAAGGGCCUCAUUAAUAAAAAAGGAACUCCAUGGAUCUAUAACACAUCUCCCUGAACCCUCAGUUCCCUACCGUGGCACUCUCUUUGCCAUGGAUCCUAGGAAUAUUGAUCCUCAUUACCAUCCGCCUCAUCUCUUUCCAUCCUUUCAUCUUCCUGUGCCAAUUGAUGCAAGACAUCACGAGGGAAGAUACCAUUAUGAACCAACUCCCAUUCCUCCACUGCAUGUGCCUUCUGCAUUAGCAAGCAGCCCAACAUACCCAGAUCUCCCAUUCAUCCGGAUAUCUCCACACAGAAAUCCAGCCAGUGCAUCUGAUUCCCCAUUCGGCCCUCCUCAUCCUUACAUCAGUCCUUACAUGGACUACAUCAGAUCUCUCCACAGCAGCCCCUCACUGUCUAUGAUUUCGGCUGCUCGUGGACUUAGCCCAACCGAUGUGCAACAUGCUGGUGUUGGUGCUGCUGAAUAUUACCAUCAAAUGGCACUGCUGGCUGGACAGCGAAGCCCAUAUGCUGAUAUUAUUCCAUCCCCUGCAACUGCUGGUGCCGGAGCUAAUGCCCUUCAUAUGGAAUAUCUUCAUGCCAUGGAGAGCUCACGUUUUCCCAGUCCCAGACUGUCAGCACGGCCAAGUCGCAAGAGAACACUGUCUAUAUCACCUCUUUCUGAUCAUAGCUUUGAUCUCCAGACAAUGAUUCGCAAUUCUCCAAAUUCUCUUGUUACUAUCCUUAACAACUCCCGCAGCAGCUCAUCUGCUAGUGGCUCUUAUGGACAUCUAGCAGCCAGUGCCAUCAGUCCAGCUUUGAGUUUUACGUACCAGCCUACCCCAGUAUCUCUUCAGCAAAUGCAUCAACAGAUUAUGAGUCGGCAGCACAGCAUAGGCUCAGCCUUUGGACACAGCCCUCCACUUCUUCACCCAGCACCAACAUUUCCUUCUCAAAGGACCAUUCCUGGCAUUCCCAGUGUUUUGAAUCCAGUACAGGUCAGCAUUGGCCCAUCAGAGGCUGCACAGCAGAACAAGCCCACCAGUGAGUCAGCAGUCAGCAGCACAGGGGACCCACUGCACAACAAGCCCUCUAAGGUAAAGCCUGAAGAAGAUCUUCCAAGCCCUGGAGCAGUGUGCAUUCAGGAUCAGCCAGAUGGAAUGAUUCUGGUGAAAGAGGAGGGGGACAAAGAUGAAAGUAAACAAGAGCCUGAAGUGGUCUAUGAGACAAACUGCCAUUGGGAAGGCUGCUCAAGAGAGUUUGACACACAAGAACAGCUAGUGCAUCAUAUCAACAAUGACCACAUACAUGGAGAGAAAAAGGAGUUUGUGUGUCGAUGGCUGGAUUGUUCCAGAGAGCAAAAGCCGUUCAAGGCGCAAUACAUGCUGGUGGUCCACAUGAGAAGACAUACAGGAGAAAAACCACACAAAUGCACUUUUGAAAGUUGUUUAAAAGCCUACUCCAGACUAGAAAACUUGAAAACUCACCUGAGAUCUCACACUGGAGAGAAACCAUAUGUCUGUGAGCAUGAGGGCUGCAACAAGGCCUUUUCAAAUGCAUCUGAUAGAGCCAAGCACCAGAACCGCACUCAUUCAAACGAGAAACCUUAUGUUUGCAAGAUCCCAGGGUGUACAAAACGUUACACUGACCCUAGCUCACUCAGAAAGCAUGUAAAGACAGUGCACGGUCCAGAGGCCCACGUAACCAAAAAGCAGAGAGGGGACAUACACCCAAGGCCUCCAGCACCACGAGAACCAGGAAGCCUUUCACAGUCGAGAUCACCAGGCCAACAGAUCCAGGGGACACAUGGAGAGCACAAGGACCUCAGUAAUACUACCUCAAAUCAUGAAGAAUGCCUGCAAGUAAAAUCAGUGAAGACUGAAAAACCAAUGACAUCUCAGCCAAGCCCUGGUGGUAAGUCUUCAUGCAGCAGCGAGCAGUCCCCCAUCAGCAACUAUACCAACAGUGGGAUCGAGCUUCAUCUAAACAGUGAAGGCAGCAUUGGAGACUUCAGUGCCCUAGAUGAAACCCCAAUCAUGGACUCUACCAUUUCCACUGCAACCACAGGACUUGGUUUGCACGGAAGGAGGAUUAUGACAGGAACCAAAUGGAUGGAGCAAAUAAAAGUUGAGAAAAUGAAACAAGUCAAUGGGAUGCUUCCACGGCUGAACCCAGUUCCACCUCAUAGAGCACCAACUUUACCACCAAUCACUGGAAAUGGUGUGCAGCUGAACAGCAACAUCAGUUUGGGAGGAUUGCCCCCUAUUCUUCCAAACAGAAAUGACCUUUCUAGCAUGGACAUUACAGUCUUGAAUAUGCUUAACAGGAGAGAUAGCAAUACUAGCACAAUAAGUUCAGCCUAUAUGAGCAGCCGCAGGUCAUCUGGAAUUUCACCAUGUUUUUCCAGUCGAAGAUCCAGUGAGGCAUCUCAGUUUGAAGGACGAGUUCAGAAUAUAAGUGUUGCAGACUCCUAUGAUCCAAUUUCUACUGAUGCCUCAAGACGAUCAAGUGAAACAAGCCAGUGUGAUGGGCUACCAAGCCUCCUUAGCCUAACUCCAGCACAGCAAUACAGGCUGAAAGCUAAAUAUGCUGCUGCUACAGGUGGGUCCCCACCAACACCACUGCCUAAUAUGGAAAGAAUGAGCCUAAAAACUAGAAUGGCUCUCUUGGGUGACUCAAGAGAUUGUAGAUUAUCACCUCUUCCUUCGGUCAAUGUCCCACGGAGAUGUAGUGAUGGUGGAGUAGGAUCUUAUGGAAGAAGGCAUUUGUUGCCAAAUGAACUUCAAGUUAAUGGACUGCGUAGAGCAAGUGAUCCUGUAAAAAUGGUCUCUGAUAACAUUUCUAAUACUAGAGUUGUAAGGUUCAACAGUCUUAACAAUGUCAUCCCUCCUGAUGUCCCACCACCUAUGGAAAGGCACAAUUUAAGUCUUCAGAACUAUACUAUUAAUGUGUAUUCACCUUGUCCUCCUAGCAUAAGUGAAAAUGUUGCCCUGGAAGCAAUGGUUAUGGAAGGAGGAGUCAAUUUUGAUGAUGAGGAUUUACUGCCAGAUGACAUGGUUCAGUAUCUUAACUCUCGGAACCAAAGACUUUAUGACACUGUUGAAACAGACAAAUUGCAGAAUAAUGCUGAAGAGAGAAAUGGAAACAACUUUGAACAAUCCCAUGUGAACAGUAAUGUAAUAAAUGAACAGUUCCACAAUAGUGAACAAACAGGUCACAUAGAAAAUAAAAAUGACCUCCCAAUUCAGUGGAAUGAAGUAAGCUCUGGCAGUGCAGAAUAUUCUCCGUCAAGAUUAAAGUAUGGGCACCGCUUUGCCACACAGCAGAACCGACCUUUUGGAUUGUAUAAUAACAUGAUGGUCCAACAGCAAAAUGUACCAAAGAGCGGGUUGCCCCAGCAAAGGAACUAUCAACAUCACACACAGAACAACCCACAAGCUCCCCAGCAAAACUUGAAUCUUUAUAAUAACAGCAACAUGUGGGGUGUUCAGUUAGUCAAGGGCAAUCAGUACAUUGAUACCAUAGCAAGAUCAUCACUGGGACCUUCUGCAACAGGAAGUCUUUGCAAUACAGCAGCUCGAGGACAAAAGUUUACAACCAAUGGUUUGCAAAUGAAUACUGGUCAACAAAACAUUGGACCAUCCACACAUUAUAGUGUGCAAUCAGCUGACAGAACUGAAACGGUCACGAAUGAAAACAUCGUAAAUCAGGGAUUUAUGCAAUCGAUGACAACUGAACAAUUAAUCUAUGGUAUGCAUUUGCUGGGGGUAACUCGAUCUAAUCAGGCAACAUCAGGACAGAAUGGAAACACAACUGAUGGAACACAAAGUUUUCUGUCAAUUACUCAAAAUGCUGGAGAGCAGCAGCCAACCCUUGCAAAGAAUUUCCAGUAUUUUGUAAACUCUAAUGAAAAUAACAGGCAGAAUCUACAUAGAAACAACCUGUUGUAUCUGCAAGAUCAAAUAUGUGACACCAACCAACACAUUUUCAAAGUUAACGGUAUUAAAAUGGAAAUGCAGAGUCACCCACAACAGCACUGUGCAAAUGCACAAAACUUCUCUGGUCAGUUGUAUGACCAAACAGCAACAUACUCUCAACAAAGUAUCAAAUUAGGUUCUGAGUCUGGUAUGGAAGCAAACUGUCUUUUAGAAGAAAGUAAUGCAAACUCAUCCAAGCUUCUUUCACCUGGGGCUAACCAAGUGACUAGCACAGUUGAUAACAUUGAUGACAGUUUGGAUGGAGUGCAAAUCGAUUUUGAUGCAAUCAUUGAUGAUGGGGAUCAUGCCAGCCUAAUUUCUGGAGCUUUAAGUCCAAGCAUCUUCCAGAAUCUCUCCCGUAAUUCUUCACGCCUUACCACUCCUCGAGCAUCUCUGACAUUUCCAGCCAUACCUGUUAGUACAACUAACAUGGCUAUUGGGGACAUGAGUUCUUUGCUGGCCUCACUUGCAGAAGAAAGCAAGUUCCUUGCUAUUAUAUAAUAACUUAGGAACAAAAAGAAAUGAACAAUAAAGUAACUCAUUUCUAUGUGUGUACGUAUUUCAGCAAUUUCAUCCCAAGCAAAUGGGAUGUAUUCCAAGUAAAUUCCUUUUAUGGAAUAAAGACUCAAACCCUAAAGUGUUAUAGGGAGAAACAGUCUUCCAUUUCAAGUUUAGAUCAGUAUUGUCAACCCAAAACAAUGUUUCUUUUUAACCCAGCCGGGUCUGUGUUCAUAGUGUAAAUGCAUGACAUCUGUGCAUGUUUGAAAAGGAAAUCAUGUUUAGAUGCUCUGUUUUAUCAAGUAGAAGAAUGGUGUUUUUCCAUUUAACAGGAAAGAAAACAGAUCACAGGUAUUGUUUUACAGAGACUUUUAUUUAUGCAUUAUUGCAAUGGGGACAGCUAAGCUCUUAAUUCUAGUCAUUUGGGGGGGAGGGGGGUCAAAUGAAUUACCUAUUUAAAUCAUAUCACCCAUCCUUGAUCUAUUUUCCUUUUUAAAACAAAAGCAGUAUCCAAACGGAGACUGACAGGGAUGAUGUUUUAACGGGAUCAUGUGCUAUUAAUUCAUGUAUCCUUUGUAAAGAGAAAAAAAAACAAAAUCUAUAUAUGUACCAUUUAAAUUUAUGUUCUUUUUGAUGAGACAUAAAGCAAUUUAUAUUGCAAACACAGAAAAAGGAAGUGUAUCCUUCAGAAAUGGGCAUCUUUUUAGCAGAGGCAAUCAUUAUGUACAGUAUUGCAUUGUAGAUUAAACAAGGCCAGUCCCGAAUGACAAUGCUUCAUGCAGUCCAGCUAUUCAAACUCAGAGAUUAACUAAAGGAACUUUUCUUGUACAGAGGGAACAAUCCACUCAUUUGUAUAACGUUAUGACAUGCACAUUGUAUAGGGAAGAAAGGUACUUGAUUUGAGGCACUACUGUGGACACUGUUUUCCCAAAUGUACAUUUUGCUGCAGUUGUGCUACAAUGAAAUCCAUGAACGGUACUCGUUUUUUUGUGUGCUUUAACAAAUUACAUUGAUCGAUUGCAUUUUUUUUUAAGUUAAAGCUUCAGCAUUCUGUCCAAGGCACAGCAGUGUUUAGCAUGUUCCCUGUACGGGAAAUGUAUGUGCCUUAUUUUGAGUUUGAAAUAGGGACCAAGUAUAUUGCCAAACUGUGGCUACGCUACAGGAGUAUAACAUAGCACUGUAACUAAUGUUUGAAGUCUCAUUUCCAAGUUUUUUUGUCCUGUUGUGGGUUCAUUUCCCACAUUUUAAAGUAGCAGAAUGACAUUUGUAUGUUAAAUAUAGUACUUUGUCACGUUUUGUUAUGUUUUUUUAUAUUGAAAUGUAUACUCCAUGUUUUUUAUUGUGUAAAUAUAUUGAUGUAUGUUAGAUCUAGAACUGUAACGUUACAGGCCUAUUAACCGUGGUCCAAAACACACAUGCUACAGCUGUGGAUUUAAAAAGAGUCAAGCCUUGGACAAGCCCAAAAGGAUCUAUAGCAUUACAUACACAUACGUUUGUUUGUUUGUUUGUUUUGUUUUGUUUUUUUUGCUCUCAGAACCACUUAGCUUUUUUUUGUAAAAAAAAUACAAAAUAAAAAAAAGACCAAAAAAAUUUCUUACAUCAAUAAAAAAAACU